UUAAUUGGACUGUGAAUUUGAAAAAAUGUCGGAUACAAUUGCAAAGUUGCCUUUGAAUAAUAUAAAUGGCAAUGGUUCAAAAAUAAAUUCAACAAAGGAGCGAGACGUCGAGAGGGGAGAGCCGCCGUCGAAAGGAGGCGAUAAUUCCCGCAGAUCGACGAACGGUUCAGUGGACGUGGGAUCGGCAGCCGCGCAACCUGGUGUCCCGACAAUCGCGGGUUCCAGUCCAAGUACUUGCCGCGCGAUCGCCCGCACCUUCCAGCGUAUCGUCUUAGCGAUGAUUGCCCUCGGACUCCUCGGGGGGCUGGUUGCCCUCGUCUGGAUCUUCAUGGGUCCGAUUUUCGUCCUUCAGCUGGUCCUGGUGGUAAUUGUCGCGUACUUUGUCUCCGGAGGACGGCUCAGGUGGUUCUACAUCGCCUUCAAAACGGCUCCUAGAGACCUAAUAGCUCUAAGUCGAUUCAUUCGGCUAAUGUGGGCGAUAAAAUGUCACGAGAAGAAAAAUCGUAGUGUUGCUGAUGUCUUUCAGCAAUUUGUCGCUAAACAUCCCAACAAAAGUUGCUUCGUGUUUGAAGACCGCGAAUGGACUUUCCAGGAGAUCGAAGACUUGAGCAACAAAGUUGCGUAUGUUUUCAAAAGUCAUGGAUACAGAAAAGGAGACGUGGUAGCUCUGUUAAUGGAAAAUAGACCAGAGUACGUCGCAAUUUGGCUGGGAUUGAGUAAACUUGGUGUGACGAUACCAUUAAUUAAUACAAAUCUAAGAAAAACUUCGCUGCUGCAUUGUAUAAAUGUCGCGCGUUGCCAAGCGCUCAUUUUUUCCGACGAAUUAUCCGAGUCCGUUAGUGAAAUAGCCUCGUCAUUGGACGCUAAAAUAGCUUUGUACAAGUUCGACGGUAAGCCGAACACAAACUCAUCGGGGCUUAAGGAAAAAGAUUUGUCAGUACUGUUAGACGAUGCAUCAUCAUCUCCGCUAGUGUUACAAGAGAAAGGAACGUACAAUGAUAAAUUGAUGUAUAUAUACACCAGUGGUACUACUGGUUUACCUAAAGCCGCUGUUAUAACUAAUUACAAGUUCAUGUUCAUAGCAGGUGCUAUGUAUUACUUGGGAAAGUUCAAAACUUCGGACCGAUUCUACACGCCCUUACCGUUAUAUCACACAGCUGGAGGCAUUGUAGCUCAGUACAUUGGCGAAAUGUGCCGAUACAUUCUCGCCUCUCCACCGAAACCCGAAGACAAGCAGCACAAAGUACGGGCGAUUUUUGGCAAUGGCUUGAGACCGCAAAUUUGGAGUGAGUUUAUCGAGAGAUUCAAUAUUAAGCAAGUCGCUGAGUUUUAUGGAGCCACAGAGAGCAAUGCCAACAUAACCAACGUGGACAAUAAAGUCGGCGCAAUAGGUUUCGUAUCAAGGAUUAUACCGGCUGUUUACCCGAUUUCGAUAAUAAAAGUAAAUGCUGACGGAGAUCCGAUCAGAAACGAGAAAGGACUUUGUCAAGAAUGUAAACCGAAUGAGCCUGGAGUGUUUAUUGGCAAAAUAAUUCCCAACAAUCCACACCGCGCUUUCCUGGGCUACGUCGACGAAAAAGCGUCUGAGAGAAAAGUUAUCCACAACGUAUUCAAAAAAGGUGACUCGGCUUUCCAUUCCGGCGACAUUGUCGUCGCUGACGAGUUUGGGUAUUUAUAUUUCAAAGACAGGACCGGGGAUACGUUCAGGUGGAAAGGUGAAAACGUAUCAACCUCCGAGGUCGAAGCUAUCCUGAGUAAUCUCACUAAUUAUCGCGACUGCGUCGUUUAUGGCGUCGAGGUUACCGGAUCGGAAGGCAGAGCUGGUAUGGCUGCUAUUCAUGAUGAAAAUGAAACGCUAGAUCUUAAUGAAUUUGUUAAAAAUGUUAAAGAAAAUCUACCUUCAUAUGGAAGGCCACUAUUUAUAAGAAUUUUGACUAAAAUUGAUCUUACAGGAACAUUUAAAUUAAAGAAGAAAGAUUUGCAAGAAGAAGGAUACAACCCGAGAAAAGUAAACGACAAGCUUUAUUACUUAGAUCCUAAAUCGGGGUAUCAAUUAAUAACACCAGAAGUUUAUGAUCAAAUAUUACAAGGAAAAAUACGUUUUUAA